GGCGGGGCGCUGCCGGCCGCCAGUCAGUCAGUCAGUCUGGGCGGCGCUGCGGGCGGCGGGCGACGGGGUCGGGAUGUUCAGCUGGAUGGGGAAGCAGGCGGGCGGGGGCGAGCGGGCCGGCGACCCGGUGCAGACGGUGACCGGGGGGCUGAAGCAGCUGUACACGCGGCGGCUGCAGCCGCUCGAGGACUAUUACCGCUUCCAGGACUUCCACUCGCCCGCGCUGGAGGAGGCCGACUUCGACAACAAGCCCAUGGUGCUGCUGGUGGGGCAGUACAGCACGGGCAAGACCACCUUCAUCCGGUACCUAUUAGAACAGGACUUUCCAGGCAUGAGGAUUGGUCCAGAGCCUACCACAGAUUCUUUCAUUGCUGUGAUGCAUGGAGAUGCAGAAGGGAGUACUCCUGGAAAUGCAUUAGUUGUGGACCCCAAGAAGCCAUUCCGUAAACUCAGCCGCUUUGGAAACGCUUUUUUGAACAGGUUCAUGUGUGCUCAGUUACCUAAUGAGGUUCUGAAGAGCAUCAGCAUCAUUGAUAGUCCCGGCAUUCUUUCAGGAGAGAAACAGCGCAUCCGUAGAGGCUAUGACUUCUGCCAGGUCCUCCAGUGGUUUGCUGAGCGGGUUGACCGCAUCAUCCUCCUCUUUGAUGCCCAUAAACUGGAUAUUUCCGAUGAGUUCUCGGAGGCUAUUAAAUCAUUCCGAGGCCAGGAUGACAAGAUUCGAGUGGUGCUGAACAAGGCUGACCAGGUGGACACCCAGCAGUUGAUGAGAGUCUAUGGUGCACUCAUGUGGUCCCUGGGAAAGGUGAUUAACACUCCAGAGGUGUUGCGAGUCUACAUUGGUUCUUUUUGGGCCCAGCCUCUUCAAAACACAGAGAACCGCAAGCUUUUUGAGGUGGAAGCCCAGGAUCUCUUCCGAGACAUUCAGAGUCUCCCACAGAAGGCAGCUGUGCGGAAACUCAAUGAUCUCAUCAAGAGGGCAAGACUUGCAAAGGUUCAUGCUUACAUUAUGGGCCAUCUAAAGAAGGAAAUGCCAUCUGUAUUUGGAAAAGAGAACAAGAAGAAGGAGCUGAUCAGCAGGUUACCUGAAAUUUAUAUCCAACUGCAACGAGAGCACCAUAUCUCGCCGGGAGACUUCCCAGAGGUCAAGAAAAUGCAGGAACAGCUGGAGAACUAUGACUUCUCUAAAUUUCAUUCUCUGAAACCAAAGCUGAUUGAAGCUGUGGAUAACAUGUUGGCCAAUAAAAUCGCCCCUCUGAUGAGCCUGAUAAGCCAGGAAGAAAUCAACAUGCCUACACAGAUGGUGCAUGGUGGAGCCUUUGAUGGCACCAUGACAGGGCCCUUUGACCAAGGAUAUGGGGAAGGUGCCAGGGAAGGAGCUGAUGAGGAGGAAUGGGUUAUUGCCAAAGAUAAACCUGUAUAUGAUGAGAUCUUCUACACUCUGUCACCAAUCAACGGCAAAAUCUCUGGGGUCAAUGCAAAGAAGGAAAUGGUGAACUCCAAACUGCCGAACAGUGUUUUGGGGAAAAUCUGGAAACUUGCAGAUUGUGAUAAUGACGGCAUGUUGGACGAGGAGGAGUUUGCACUGGCAAAACAUCUUAUCAAGAUUAAACUGGAUGGGUAUGAACUGCCCAGCAUCCUACCACUUCACCUGGUGCCACCAUCACACAGGAAACCUUUGCAGGUGUCAGAGUGAAAAACACAGGGAGGCGAUUAAGUGAGGGAUGGAGGGAAUUGAAAGCCCUCUGAAUCUUUUUACAGAUGAGUUGAACCAUCAAGGCUUAACAUUAGGUUUAGAGGCAAUCUUUAAAUCACUUAUCAGAUUUCACACAAGUUACUGGAACCAGCAGCAUAGUACAGAGGUUACUUGUGUAAUAGCUCUGGCUGACCUUCACUGAGACAGGUUUAUCACAAGUGCCUUUUGUAACUACUUCCACACCUUACAUUGCUAAGAUAGCAAAGCUUUCUCUGAGAAUCACGCUGUCCAUGUCUCACUGUAUUUACAACCAAAAAGCAGAAACGAGGUAGACCACACCUACAAUCAUAUACUAAACAUGAAUACCUAGUAAACACAAAGCUCCCCAGACUGUUUAGCAAGUGGAGGGAAACGCUAAAGCUCAAACUCACCUGUUUCUAGAAGGCAUAGAUUUGUUUAAUAAAGAUACUUUAGGUGCCUUUGUGUAAGUCAGCAUCCCUAGCUUUAGAAAAGGAAGAAAUACAAAGGAGUUUGCCUUCAUGUAUUGCUGUUGAUUUUAAUAAUAAUAACUUGUGAGAAGGAAGGGGGACAUGGGUAGAACUUUUUGUAAGAAUGUUCAGGACAUGAGCAGAAAGAAAAGAAUUUUUACCAGAGAUUAUUUUUUAAAAUCUGCAAUAUAUUAAAACUGUUUAAAUCUGUCAACUGUGCAUUGUGGUAAACAGAAGAGAUGCUUCCUUUUGCUUUGUGCAUAAAAUAAUGUGCAACUGACUCAUCAGCUAAAAAAAGAUUUGGAUCCCCACUGUGUUGGGGAUGGGAAUUUCGAGAUUUCUGUUUAGCUGCUUUGCACGUUGUUUGGUGUAAAUUCCUGAACUUUUCCAGUUACAGCACUGUUUGGUCCUGGUUCUUGGAAGCAAGGGAAUUCACAUGUUUAAGCAGAAACAGAAGCCUUGUUUUAAAUCAUGAGUGAAGGCUGUGUUGUAUUAAACUUCUUUUCAAGAUACACCAGACCCUCACUAGAAUGCGGGAUUUGGGAUCCAUGCGCGGUACCGUGUUAACACGGGGACUGCGUUAAAAUGAAUUGCAAUUAAAGUAAUUAAAUUUGGGAUCCAUGGCCGUGACCGCGUUAUAUGCAAAUUUGCGCUAUAUAGACGCGCAUUCUAGCGAGGGUCUGGUGUAUUCAGUGUGCAUAUUCAGAUGGCUUGAUAAAUUCUCUUAGGAUUUACACUCAAGGUUUACAACCAAUUAUAUGGAUAUCCUUAUGUCCAAGUAUUCUUUUUAGUUUCUUUUAUUUCAGCAGAAUUUUGAAUUCUUUCCUUUGUUAAAGGGAAGCUGGCAAAUGUAGAAAAAAAUGUUCCACUCCUGCUGUAGCAUCAUCUUCAGAAAGUAGGCCACUAAAGGGCCAAGCCAGCUUCCACUGAAGUUAACAGGAGUCUUUCCACUGACUUUCACAAAAGCUGGAAUUGGUCCCUUAGAGUAGUGCUUCUCAAGCUAUCUGAUGUGAGGGAACGGCAAUUUUUUUUUCCAAUGUGCACACAGAUCGGCAACCGAUGGCUCGUGGAGUCUGCGGACCACCACUUUGAGUAUCACUGCCUUAGAGCAUUGUUAAUUUAUUAAAUAAAUAUUUGGGAGGGAAAGAAGUGCACCAACACUUCGCUUCACUUCACCAUCCUUCCCAGUUGUACAAUCAAAGAAUAUUGAUCAUGUGAGAUAUACACAACUGAUUCGAACAUCCCUGUUCUCAGUGCUCCAGAGGAAAGUGAUUCUCCAUCCCCAUUAAUUUUAAUAUGCUUUUUCUUUUUGCACGGGGAGUGGGGGAUAGAACAACAAUUCCUUCCAAACUUGGCAGUUAGUUUAGUUUAUGUGCAUGUGAGUGGGAAUCACCUUAUAAUACAUAUAUAGCAUAAAAGACUAUAGGUAUCAAAAGUACUGUAACUUUGAGCACUUUUUCCCCUUGAAUCCAAGUAAGGUGGAUUCUGGAAGUACCUUCUGGGACAGACCCAUCCAAAGAGUGAUUGACUAACCUAUUGGGUGAGGAAGGGAGAAUUUCCUGAGAGUAACUAAGUAGGCAGAUUCAUUUAUUCAUGUCUGAAUAGCAAUGACAUUAUAGCAGAAUUUUCAGAAGCCUUUACAGUUCAUUGCUAACUUUGAGCACUCAGCAUAUAACCUUCCAGUGACGUGUUGUACAGCCUCCCUCCAUCUCCUCACCGGUUCCCUAUUUCCUGAGUGUAGUUGGUUGAAAUUUAUAAUUUUCAGGAAUGUCCGUGUUAAGUACUUAAAUGCUCUAAGAAGAUCCUCCCCUACAUAGCUUUUUUUCUCAAGCUUGUAUACAUUCAAGCUCUUCAACUUAGCCACUUACUUCAGUUCUUUCAAUACUUUUGAUCAAUGUAGUAGCUCUUCCAUAUGCCUUCUACAGAAUUCACGCAUCCCUGAGCAGUCAGACCAAAUCUUAGACAUGGGUCUUUGAUUGAAACUUCACCAUGAGUUUGUAUUGCACAACAGUACACUCUCCAUUGGAUUGUUUUUAAUCACUUAAUGUAGCUUAGUGUUGUUAUUCUUUGCUGCAGUUUAACAAUAUGUUCCUGUCACUAACAUGUAAUAUGAAGACUAAAGACAUACACAAUAUUAAAAAACACACCAAAUGGAAGCAAAAAUUUUAAUCCAUCUUUAUGCAUACCUCUAGUUUACAGCUAUAGUAAGGUCUUAUGGUAUAUAUGCCAAUAAAUAGUUAUCCAUUCUUAUAUCUGUGUGCUAAUUGUAAGUAUUCCAUUAGAAGGUUCUUUCUUAAGUUGAUUUAGGAACCGCUAAGAUAUUUCAUAGAAGUGGUCUAAUUUAUUCACAAAUGAAUGAGAUGCUUUUUUGUAAUCAACUGUUAGGUAUAUUACCUUCACUCAGUUUUAUAAGUGAGAGAGGGCUGUCUGUCAACCAUCUCUUCAGCAGCAACCACUUGACUGUUUGUUUGAUACUGCUAGUAUUUUUUGUUAAACAAAUCAAACAUCUCAAAUCUCUUAGCACGCCUGUGUAAAACUGAAAAGUAGUACUUCAGGGUCUCAGGUUAAUUUAUAUGUUAAAUCCAUACACACUAUUUCAUUAGCCUGUGGUUAUACCCAGCAAUUAUAACUGAGUACCUAAUUCAAAUCAGCUCUUCCAAAAGUAAUUAGAUACAUGUUUGUUGAUAUUGAAAUAUUACUAUUGUUUUUUUGGCUGGAGACAAACCCUCUUCUGGAUCAGUUCAGCCAUAAGGUUAUUUGUUCUUGGUGCAUAAGCUCUCAUACAUCCUUGCCCCAGAGUCCAUCUGAUGCCUUGGUCUUUGGAAAGGAUGUUCAUUCUUCUUGACUGUAGCAACAGUCUGAAAGCUCUCCAGUGAGCUUGUAAGAUCUUAUAUAGGCAUAGCGUGUUACCAGAAAUAUCUGCCAGAAGUCUCCAAUCUGUAUUCUGCCUAUGUCCUGACUGUGCUUUCAUCUGCCCCAUUCUAUGUUCUCUGAGGCUUUCACAUUAACCCUAGCCAACCAGUGUGAUCUGGAGUUCUGAAAUAUGCUUGCUGAUAUCUUAAAUAUAAUAUUGAAUACACUACUCCAACUACAGUCAUCACUAGGUUGUGGAGCCAGGGGGCAGGAGAGGAUGGGAAUUUUCUCAGGAUUGCCACGGUCAUACACCAUUAGCUCUUUAACCAUUUUACCAAGAGUGAAUAUCUUACGUGUGUCUCUGGUUCUCUGUAUCACUUCCAGCUGCUUUGAAGGUCUGUGUAAAGUUGCAUAAGUCCCUUCUAUGAUAUUCAGUUUUUCAGACGACUUACAUUUUUUCAGGGAUGUUGGUGCGUCUUCCAUCAAGUAGGUUUUUGUGUUUACCUGUACCCAAAGUCUCCAGUUGAAGAUUCUCAGGUAUUCUGCUUUGUUCAUAAUUCCCUUUUACCUUUUCUUUGCCGCUGACUCCUAAUGCUUUGAAAAAAAAAUUUCUCCAGUUUCCUUUUGAUAUUUUUGUGAGGAUUGCUCAGGUUUCCAACUGAAAUUACCUCUGUUCCUGUCUUCUUUUAUACAUGUUCUUCUGACCUGGUGUUAGGCCUGAUGAAUCCAGUGUGCCCUCUGCCUUGUCUCUCAUGGUGUACAUGAGAAACAUAUACUCAAUUUUGUUGACAAACCCUGAGAACAAAAAGCUGUUCAAAACUGUUUAUGUUGGCUAUGCUAAUUAUCAGAAAAAUUAAAGAUUACUGGAGCAUGUAUGGGAAAAUAACUCCAUUGUCCUGCAGGGGGCAAUGAUUUCUGUUCCUUUUGACUUGUGUUUUAUUCCCUGCUGCUUCUGUGUCACCAAGGCAACUUGUUGACUUCCUCAAAGCUACUGCAUAAAUGACGCUUUGCAUUUCUGGGCCCUUUAAUGCUACCCUGUUUGUGGCCUGAAACCUACUUUCUUAGCAAAGCUUUCUCUUUACUUAUCCUUUUGAGGGAAACUGUUUAUUUUUCUUUUCCUGUCUGCUUUUCCAUGCUUGUUUCCUCUUUGAGCUGAUCAUAACCUUACACGCAUUGUCUGAGUACUUCGUGCUCGCUUUCUCCUCUUUCACCUCAGCUGUGGCAGGACAGCAUGUUUUUAGGGUUCCUCCUGUGUUUGGGGGAUGUGAGAUGGAAAACAAACUCUUCCCUUACUGAAAAGGAGCUUCACUUCUUCCUUUUAUCUCAGUCCCCUGCAUGUGGGAGGCAGCCGCUUCUGAUACUGUUAUGUUACAUGAGCUGCAGUCAGGGGAACGGAGCAUAAAGAGGCAUGUUUGGUAGCAAGAGAGAGAAUUGCUUUCUAUCAAUGAUGUGAUUUGCACUACUUCCAGGUUUAAUGGGGUUUUCAGUAGUAAAGUCCCUUCUAGCACAAAGUCAGUGGGAGUUUUGCCUGAGUAUGGACUGCAGGAUUUGGUCCAUGGGUGUUUUCAUGAACAGAGUUGUAGAUUGUACAUUCCUUUUUAGGUAAGAAGGAUACCAAAGAGCAAGGGAAAUGGAUACAAUAAUAUCUUUCUUAAAAUCUGCUGGUCCAGACUGUUUUCAACUUAAACUAAUGCCUUCUCCCAUCCUACAUGUGAAGUUGUGCUUUGAGAAGGAACUACCUGAGCGUUACCAGGAUUCUGCUCUGUGUGAAAUCGAUGGAGCCAUUUUAGACUGUGACAGAAUGGUGACGCUACUUUACCCAGACAGGCUUUCAGGCCCUUGUAUCAAGGGUAUCCUGCUCUAGUUAAUUAUUCUUGAACACUCAAUCUGUUUUUCAUUACUAUUCCUUCCUUAAUACAGUUUAGUCACCUCCCCAUCCCCAAAACUCCAAAUCAGUUAAGGGCAAAAUUCAGUCCUUAUGCAUCUCCAUUAACUUCAGUGCGGUUGUGCCCAUUUAUGUCAGGGCUGCAUCUAGCCCCGGGUCUGUACAAAUACCUUGUUAUGUUUAAUAGUGACACUGAUCCUCUGUGUAUUUAUACUUGCUACUGUAUUUUCUACUCCAUGCAUCUGAUGAACUGGGUUCUAGCCCACAAAAGCUUAUUCUUAAAUAAAUUCAUUAGUCUCUAAGAUGC